AUGUCUCACUGUCCACCUGAAGACGUGUUUAUUUAUAUUGCUGCAGCUGUGUCGUCUUGUUCCGAGGUUCGGCAACUCAGUUCCACGUACACUGAUGGAGAGUACUGGCUGUAUCCACGACUACUGAAUGGUUCCCGAGUAAAGGUGUACUGCCAUGCUAUGAACAGUACACCUUCAGAGUACAUCUCAUUGAGUACACCCUACGUCAUUAACGAAACUCAAGUUAACAACUGCUCAUGGUGGCACUCGACAAGAUUCUAUUUGGGAUAUUAUGUCCUUACAAAGUUUGGUUUGGAUAUCGAGAAUCUGAGCAUUAACAAGUCGGAUACAACCUUCUUCAACAAGACGGACAGCAGCGGAGCUAUCAGUUCGGUGGUGGGAAAAGUGUUUGGAUGUUCGCAUUUGGUAAACUCUACCUGUGGGUCUGCAGGACGGGCUGUGCUAGAUCUCAGAGGAACAGGACUAAACCUCAGAGGAAUAGGACUUGUUCUCAAUAACACGGCAAAGACGCUCAACUAUUCCUUCAGGGACAUCUCUACUGCAACGUUGUCCCAAUACAAUCAGCUGGUUGAAUUUCGAUGUGCACUAUAUUGUGGAGUAUGUUUCGUUACUGUUCCCAUGUACCUCUCUGUGGCGGAGACAGAUGGUAAUUAUGCUGUGAAUGGACUGCAGGGUAUUGAUGCCUUUGGAAUUCAUCGUUUGCGACAAAAUUCCACCAGAAGACAGUGCAACAACCCCGAUUUGUGCCUGAACCUCGUGGAUGAUGGAAGCAACCUCCGGUUAUUUGAUCCCUGA